AUGGAGGAAACUGCUCCUGUCAGCCGAAAGGAGGAAACUGCUCCUGUCAGCCGAAAGGAGGAAACUGCUCCUGUCAACCGAGUGGAGGAAACUGCUCCUGUCAACCGAGUGGAGGAAACUGCUCCUGUCAGCCGAAAGGAGGAAACUGCGUCUCUCAGCCAAAUGGAGGAAACUGCGUCUCUCAGCCGAGUGGAGGAAACUGCUCCUGUCAGCCGAGUGGAGGAAACUGCUCCUGUCAGCCGAAAGGAGGAAACUGCUCCUGUCAGCCGAAAGGAGGAAACUGCUCCUGUCAGCCGAAAGGAGAAAACUGCUCCUGUCAGCCGAGUGGAGGAAACUGCUCCUGUCAGCCGAAUGGAGGAAACUGCUCCUGUCAGCCGAGUGGAGGAAACUGCUCCUGUCAGCCGAAAGGAGGAAACUGCUCCUGUCAGCCGAGUGGAGGAAACUGCUCCUGUCAGCCGAAAGGAGGAAACUGCUCCUGUCAGCCGAGUGGAGGAAACUGCUCCUGUCAGCCGAAUGGAGGAAACUGCUCCUGUCAGCCGAAUGGAGGAAACUGCUCCUGUCAGCCGAAUGGAGGAAACUGCGUCUCUCAGCCGAGUGGAGGAAACUGCGUCUCUCAGCCGAGUGGAGGAAACUGCGUCUCUCAGCCGAGUGGAGGAAACUGCUCCUGUCAGCCGAAAGGAGGAAACUGCUCCUGUCAGCCGAGUGGAGGAAACUGCUUCUGUCAGCCGAAUGGAGGAAACUGCUCCUGUCAGCCGAAUGGAGGAAACUGCGUCUCUUAGCCGAGUGGAGGAAACCGCGUCUCUCAGCCGAGUGGAGGAAACUGCGUCUCUCAGCCGAGUGGAGGAAACUGCUCCUGUCAGCCGAAAGGAGGAAACUGCGUCUCUCAGCCGAGUGGAGGAAACUGCUCCUGUCAGCCGAGUGGAGGAAACUGCUCCUGUCAGCCGAGUGGAGGAAACUGCUCCUGUCAGCCGAGUGGAGGAAACUGCGUCUCUCAGCCGAGUGGAGGAAACAGCUCCUGUGAGCCCACUGGAGAAAACUGCGUCUGUCAGCCGAGUGGAGGAAACUGCUCCUGUCAGCCGAGUGGAGGAAGCUGUGUCUGUCAAUGUAUUGGGAAUUAUAGAUUUCUAUUUUGCAGUACACUGA